GAAUGGAAAGAAAAUAUUAUAGAAGCUUGGUUAGACCAUGUCAAAGAAAUUAUAUGCAAUGGAAACGAAAAGGUUUAUGAGUAUAUCUUAUGUUGGUUUGCAAACAUCUUACAACAUCCAAGUGCUAAAAAUGAAACUGCUCUCAUUAUAAUUGGAAAACAAGGAACAGGUAAGAACACAUUCUUUACAGAUAUCUUAUGCAAACUGUUAGAAGGUUAUUCGAAUCCGAAUAUGACAAACUUAGAAAACAUCUGUGGCAAGUUUAACUCCUCAAUAGAGAAUAUGAAACUUAUAGUUUGCAAUGAACUUCAAAGUAUAGAUACAACAAAAGUUUUAAACUCAGAUGCUUUGAAGAGUCUUAUAACAGACAAAGUUAGAGUUGUUGAAAGAAAGUAUAAAGACCAAAGAGUUUGUGAAAAUGUUGCAAACUUCAUUAUGGUUUCAAGCAAUGCUGUUCCGAUGAAGUUAGAAAGUUCUGACAGAAGAUAUGUAGUUGUCAGAACGUCAGAUUCUCAUAUGCAAGAUACAGAAUAUUUUGACGACUUAGCAGAAACUUUGACACCAGAGUUUUACAACCAUUUGUUCUCAUACUUUAUGACAUUAGAUAUUUCUAAGUUCAAUCCAAGACAAAUUCCACAUACCGAAGAGAGACAAACAUUGUUAGAAGCAAACAAGAGUGUUUAA